AGCGUCUUUGAGUCAAGAGGCGGGCUCAUCUGACCCUGCAGACAACGCUGAUGUCCUCACACUUGAAGUCACUUCCAGCAGACACCUCUUUGCUCUUAAAGUUAAUUCUAAGCUGGUUACGAAUUGCACGCUGGCGGACGCUGCAAGUUGUCCUGAAGCCUUGCAUGUGCUGGUCUUGUCCCAGCUCACUGGGCGAGUCCUCGACCACAGACUUUUCGAGACCACAAGGCACGGAGAAUCCAUGGCACUCCAUCCUUUCCUGGAAUCUAUUGCUCCCGGGCGGAUUUUGGUCUUCGGGAUUAUGACAGAUGCAACAUUGAACUUGCCACAUGCCAUGAGGCGUACACUCGAGGAGUUCGGAAUAUCUUCAAUGAUGUUUCUUGGAUACCGCAACUACAUGGCAGCGGUGGCCGUGGUUGGCGGUGCGACUGUGGCAGAAAGUUUCACUCCUGACGACUCAAGUCUGAAGCUGGGGGUGUUUUCCACUCCCGUCGUCAUGGAAACCGUAUUUCGACUUUUGCCAGAAGAUUCGUGUACCUGGAUGAAAGCAAAUCAGAAGCAGCGAGCUCGUCUGUGCGCCCACUCCGAUGGCUAUGGGGAUCUUUGUGACUGUUCUGUCCACGUGCCUCAGAUUCUCCUUCCCCAGCCCACACCGCUGCCAUAUGACGGCUUGCGCGGCACUGUCGUGCUGGUUAUUGCGGGCAAUAGACCUUCUUCCCUCUACAGUUACUUUGGCCAAACCGCGUGGCUCUUGGACGCCGAUCCGUCUCUAUACUGCGUCUCUGCAUGGAACGACCACGGCGCCUUGCACACAUCAAGAGACAUCAGGCGGCUGUACAGAAUCGAGACCCACCCUGGCUACGGCUGGAUGAUGAAGAGGUCAUACUUCGAGGCCGUUGUUCAGGAAUGGAAGAACAUCACUCACGAACAUGACUGGGACAUAUGGAUGCGUAAAGCGCACGUGAGGGCGGAGCGCGAGUGCAUCGUGCCGUCUGUGUCGCGCAGCUUCCACUACGGCAUCGUCGGCGCCCACGUCAACGGGGUGCUCACCCUCGCGCACUUCACCGGCCACCUCAUGUCCGCCGCGCGCACGCAUGUGCAUCUCAACACUGAAGUUCUUCUACAGUCAAAUUAUGAGCGGCACAUAUACGAGCUUCUUCUUGGCCCAAGUACCGUAUAUUUGAACUCUACGUUGAGUCCUUGCCAUCCUGAAAUGCUCCCGAAGAAUUUCACGGAAGGGCCUCUGGUGGUGGCGUUCGAAAUGGUGUCGUCGGACGACCACACUGCGUGGGCCAGGCUGGGAGGUGUAAGUCAGAAUGUUGUCUUACAAGCAGCCGUCACGCAUUAUUCCAUCGUCAUAGUUUGUUUGCAAAAAAUUCUCAAUACUUUAUGA